AAACACAUACAAGAGAGGAAAAAGAGAGCAACAAUAGCAAUGAAGAAAACAUGAAGUGUGGGAGAAAAAAUGUUCAAAUAGCACUACAAGAGGAGAAUGAUGUUUGGAGCACUGGUAGAGAGCGUGGCGCUGAUUGGAGCAGAGGUAUGGGGCUGGAACAUGGAAGAAAGGUUGGAUAGAAUACAAAGAAGAUAUAUGAAAUGGAUCUUAGAUUUAGAUAUGACAACACCGAAUUAUAUAUUGAUAGAAGAAUGCAAGCUAACAGAAGUCAAAGAAAAAGCAUCAAGAAGAGCAGCAAGAUAUGAAGAGAAAGCCAUAGAGUCAAAAAAGGAACUAGUAAAGGAGUGCAUAAAGGAAAGAGAGAGAGAAACUGGGGAAAUAGCCAAGAAGGAAAAAGAGCAAGAAAGAGAAAGAAGGGACUAGAAGAGGUAAGAAAUGGAGGGACACAGAU